CCCGCCUAGCUGCGGAGCCGAGCCGGCUGUGGAAGCUCAGACACUAGGCACGGCCCUUUGAAGUCUCUUUUACGGGCCGGUGCUCUAGCCCGGGGAGGGAUGCCGGGCUGCGGUGGCUCUGAUGGGGGAGGGGCCCCCGCCUUGUUCCCAAACCACUUCCAGGUUCUGGCGGGCCGACCUGCCUCCCCACGUCUCAGCAUACCGAGCCCUUUGAACACCACCGCAGAUGGAACCUUGAGCCCGAAGAGCCCUGGACUACCAACACAGACCCGGGACAGCACCAGGCCUCGGGUCUUCUAUCCCCCGGUCUGGGGGUAGGUGUGGGUGGAGCAGAAACAGAAAGGUGCCCAAACUAGUUUGCAAAGGCCAAGCAGAUUUCCUAGAGGAGCUGACCCCUGUCUGGCGUCUAGAAGCAAGGUGCACGAUUUUUUUUCCAGGCAUCCCCGUUUCUCGGGGCUUCUCUUCUCCGCCAGGAGUGUUGUAACUCUUAGCUUUCUGAAAAGGAGAGCGGCUGGCGCAGUCUCCCCUCGGAGGAGUGGAAAUAUUUGGAGCGCUUCCCCCAGGGCCCUUCUCUCCACAACGUCUUCACUUCCGACCGCUGUACUCCAGGGAUGUCCCUUAACACCCGUUAAAGGAGCCAUGGCUUGUCUAGACCGCUCUCUGGGUAUCUCAGCACGAUCACAUCAGACGUCAACUGCUUCUCCAGACCCGGAGGAGGCUCCUAGUUGAGUCAAUAUUCUUGGCAAUCCUGUGCUUCCUCUUGGCUGACGGUAAGGGCCCUGUUGUUAGGAGGCUCACUGGGGUGUGAGAUGGGGAGAGACCACUUGAUCUCCAACACCUGGCAGAAAGAAGGACUGCCGGAAAGCUGCAACGGCAGGACGCCCAUCCAGAUGUCUCCCCCGUGGCGAGGAAAAGGAAGACUUGAGAGACACUGCCCUUUCCAGUCAUGAAAUUCUGGGUGUUUGUGUUCCUGCUGUCCUGGUUUGGUGUCCAGAGCUGGGUGCGGGCAGAAUUCUUCACGUCUAUUGGGCACAUGACUGACCUGAUCUAUGCAGAGAAGGACCUCGUACAGUCCCUGAAGGAGUAUAUCCUUGUGGAGGAAGCCAAGCUGUCCAAGAUUAAAAGCUGGGCCAGCAAGAUGGAAGCCCUGACCAGCAAGUCAGCUGCCGACCCCGAGGGGUACCUGGCUCAUCCUGUGAAUGCCUAUAAGCUGGUGAAGCGGUUGAACACAGACUGGCCUGCACUGGGGGAUCUUGUCCUGCAGGACUCAGCUGCAGGUUUUGUCGCCAACCUCUCGGUGCAGAGGCAGUUCUUCCCCACCGAUGAGGACGAGUCUGGAGCUGCCAGAGCCCUGAUGAGACUUCAGGACACGUACAAACUGGACCCGGACACGAUCUCCAGAGGGGAACUUCCCGGGCCGUUCCGGAGCCUGAUUGUUGCUUUUCCUGCUUCAGGAACAAAGUACCAGGCCACACUGAGCGUGGAUGACUGCUUUGGCAUGGGCCGCACAGCUUACAACGAGGGAGACUAUUAUCAUACCGUGCUGUGGAUGGAGCAGGUGCUGAAGCAGCUUGAUGCUGGGGAGGAGGCCCCCAUAACCAAGUCCCUGGUGCUGGACUACCUGAGCUAUGCCGUCUUCCAGCUGGGUGACCUGCACCGUGCUGUAGAGCUCACCCGCCGCCUGCUCUCUCUUGACCCGAGCCAUGAACGAGCCGGAGGGAAUCUGCGGUACUUUGAGCGGUUGCUAGAGGAAGAAAGAGCAAAACCGUUGUCAAAUCAGACGGAAGCUGGACUAGCAACCCAGGAGAACUUCUACGAGAGGCCUGCGGACUACCUGCCCGAGAGGGAUGUGUACGAGAGCCUGUGUCGUGGGGAGGGCAUCAAACUGACGCCCCGGAGGCAGAAGAAGCUUUUCUGUAGGUACCAUCACGGCAACAGGGUGCCACAGCUCCUCAUCGCCCCCUUCAAAGAGGAAGAUGAGUGGGACAGCCCGCACAUCGUCAGGUACUACGAUGUGAUGUCGGACGAAGAGAUCGCGAGGAUCAAGGAGAUCGCAAAGCCCAAACUCGCGCGAGCCACUGUUCGUGAUCCCAAGACAGGCGUCCUCACUGUCGCCAGCUACAGAGUUUCCAAAAGCUCCUGGCUAGAGGAGGCCGAUGACCCUGUCGUGGCCCGGGUCAACCGUAGGAUGCAGCAUAUCACAGGCUUGACAGUGGAGACGGCGGAGCUGUUGCAAGUUGCAAACUACGGGAUGGGAGGACAGUACGAACCACACUUUGAUUUCUCUAGGAGCGAUGAGCGCGAUGCUUUCAAGCGUUUAGGGACUGGGAAUCGUGUGGCCACAUUUCUAAACUACAUGAGUGAUGUCGAGGCUGGUGGUGCUACGGUCUUCCCUGACUUGGGAGCUGCAAUUUGGCCCAAGAAGGGCACAGCUGUGUUCUGGUACAACCUCCUUCGGAGCGGGGAAGGCGACUAUCGGACGAGACACGCAGCCUGCCCUGUGCUCGUGGGCUGCAAGUGGGUCUCCAAUAAAUGGUUCCAUGAGCGAGGACAGGAGUUCUUGAGGCCUUGUGGAACAACGGAAGUUGAUUGACGUCCUUUUCUGCUCCACCCCUCCGUAGCCCCACAGACCAAGUCAUCCUCAAGUUCAACGUGAUGGAUUCCUUUGUAUGUCCCAGCUCCUAUUAGGCAGGUCAUUGGAGGAGCCAGUGCUUGUCUGAAUUUGAGAGAGUGUGUCCUGGGCUGAGUCCUGGGUGACCUGAGCCCCAGACUCUGGCCGGCCUACGCCUGCCCUGGCUCCGAGGGUAGCAUUGGCGUGGCCGAAGCAGAGCCGGACUGUAGCACCUAGCACGGUGCCUGUGUACCUCAGAUGUUUCAGGUGGAAGAUGUUUCAGUGAAACCAAAGUUCUGAUGCUGUUUACAUGUUUGUUUUUAUGACAUUUCUAUUUGUUGUGGCUUUAACCAAAAAAAUAAAAUAAAAUAUGUCCUGCCAGAAGCCUCAAA